AGAUGAUGGAAACCCUGACAGUAACCGGUGGGUGGGUCUCAUCCUGGUCAUCUCCUUCUUCUUGGUCAUCAGCGUUCUCGCCUUCCCCAACGGUCCUUUCACGAGACCCCAUCCAGCAAUAUGGCGGAUAGUGUUCGGAUUGAGUGUGCUGUACUUCCUCUUCCUGGUUUUCAUCAUCUUCCUGAACUGGGAGCAGGUCAAGUCUCUCAUGUUCUGGCUGGAUCCCAAUCUGCGCUACGCCAAACGGGAAGCCGACAUCAUGGAGUAUGCCGUGAAGCUGACGGAGCUGAACACGUUCUUCCUGAAGCACAUCUUCGUGUUCCCAGCAUGCCACGCUCUCAGCUGGUGCCGGAUCCUGUUCAUCGGGAUCAUCACGGCUCCUACUGUACGGCAGUAUUACGCGUACCUGACAGACACACAGUGCAAACGGGUCGGGACUCAGUGCUGGGUGUUCGGGGCGAUCGCUUUCCUGGAGGCGCUGGCCUGCAUUAAAUUUGGACAGGACUUGUUUUCCAAGACGCAGGUUCUCUAUGUGAUUUUGUGGCUCGUGUGUUUGGCUUUCAUCACGUUCCUGUGUCUGUAUGGGAUGGUGUGGUACGCUGAGAACUACGGGCCCCGAGAGAAGAGCUUCUCGGAGUGUGAGGACAGUAUUUACACGGAGCCGGACGACGCUGUGUCUGAAUGCAGAGGGGAGUUUGAGACGGACAGCACGACUUCCUCUUCUACCAGGAAACGGAGGGACUCUGUAAAUAACACAAGCAUCAAUGGCGUGGAGAAAUAAGCCUGACUCUGAAAGGAUUUGCACACGUGUGGCUCCUGUGAACGGAGGGAGCAUCAGAUGAAUGAGAUUAUGAAGGGUGAGAUUGGCUCAGGUCUGGUCAGAGCGCAAGGCAAUACUGUGUUUAGUUAGUCAGCUGACUUCACCUGUUGAACUUCAGAGACUGGUUAACCAGGUGAGAUCCCAAGCAGUGCUGUGCGUCAUGGUGUUUUCAGUCGCAUGCGUGACUCGUAACAGUGCUGUAAUCUAUGUCACAGAUGUUUUCAACGGUGUAUUUUACGAUUUUUCAGAUUAUGUUAUCAUAUGUGACCCUGG